GCGGGGCCGCGGGGGUGGGGCGGGAAGGGAAUUUGGGGGCGCCGAGGGAGCCCCGGGACCCCCCCGGCAGCGCGGGAUGGGCGACAGCGACGGCGAUUUUAGGGUAAUUUUGGGAUCCCUGACUGUAUUUUGGGGGAUUCUGGAAUCCCUGACUGGACUUUGGUGUCUUCCAGAAACUCUGUGGGAACCCAGGGCACGGGGAAUAUUUCUCUGCCUGCUAUGAGGGGCCCUGACCCCCUAAGAAACACUGCCUUUGACCCUCACCCAUGGAGAGAGCUUCCAGGACAUCGAGGUGGACAAGAGCCUACGAGAGUGGUGAAUUGUGGCCGCAGCUCUUUCCACUGAGAGCAGAAGACACAACUUCCCAAGGAACAAUCCCUGGGAAAGGCAGCAAGGAAGCUCAGAGACAAAGAGAAAACAAUUCUUAUCUCUGUUCUCUGCUCCUGGUGUUCAGCAUAUGGAAUCUAACCGAAGGCCCUGCUGGGGGCAGUCCUUGGUCCCCAUCACUCAGAGCCUGAGCUGCUGGAGGUGUCCCCCCCAGCUGCUGAAGGUGCUGGUGGACGUGGUGGCCACCCUGGGCAAGGUGGCGGCCACUGUGACUGGGCCACAGAGGGAUGAGCAGCAGCUUGUAUACCCAAAGUUCCUGCGUGAGCGCCUGAGGGACUUCGCCUGGAGCCUCUGUAAGACCCUGAACCACCAUGGUGUCACCUCCUGGGGCCACCACAAUGUCCCCUCCCUGGGCCAGGCCCUGGCCACCCUUGGGGCCACCCCUGGGGCCACCCGGGCCGAUGUGCGAGCCUCGGCCUGGGCCUGGCAGGAGUUGGAUGUGCUUGCACAGAGCUAGGGCCUGCUGGUCUGGGAGGCCAACGAGCUCUCCAAGGCCUGCGGGGAGAGGCCACCAGCGAGGCCACCAGCGAGGCCACCAGCCAUGCCGGAGACCUGCAGGACGAGGCUGCCCAUCAGAAGACAGCUGGGGACAACCCAGUGGCUGAGGCCCAGCAGCCACCAGUGGCCCUGGACACGGAGGAGGUGGCCUCGGCAGGGGCCGUGCGUGAGGCCCAGGUGGCUACGGCCACCAACGAGGAGGAGGCAGCCACUGGAGAGGAGGAGAUGGCCACCAGUGAGGAGGAGGCAGCCACCAGAAGGGGACGGUGCUCAGAGGUGGCCCUGGGAGCACUUGUUGGUCGCGUGUAAAAGAGCCAGGUAUUUCGUCUGGGGGACGUGUCGCCAGCUUGAGGCCAUUGAGGCCAUUCUGAAGGGAACAAAUGAGGCAUCCCCCGAUGUCCUCGAGGACUUGGUGGCCAAGGUGGCCAUGGCCGAGCGGCUGUGGGAAGCCAGUGCCUGCCUGGCCACGCGUCACCUGCUGGGAAUACUUGGGGACAUCUGCAGGCUCCUCGUGAAGCCCCCUGGUGGCUCCGGUGGCCCCAGUGGCCGCACAGUGGCUGAGCAGUGCCAAAAAGCCAUCGCGGACAUCCUGAGGCUGCUGCAGGGACAGUGAUGUCACCACUGUGAUGUCAUUGGAGUGAUGACAUCAUCAGGGACAUCGCGGCUGUCACUUGUCCCCUCCCUGCACAGGAUUUGAGACAAAUUUGGGGAAUUUUCUGGGAAUUUUCAUCAAAAUUGUCCCAAAUCCUGAUGGGAAUUCCUGGGGUGACAUCACUGGGGACACUUGGGGACAUUCUGAGAACAAUCAGAAGGCUUUUGCAUUUCUCUAUUGGCUUUUGCAGGUUCCUAUUGACCACAAGCAUUUUGCUCUGCUGCUCAAUACUGAUAUUGAUUAUUGAUAAUUCCUUGCAGCUGCUCACUGGCACAAUAAAAUCUCAGAGUUUGCCCGGA